UUUUAGGGUAACGCGGCGAUCAGCUGAUUUGAUUAGGCCCCCGCAUUUUACACGCUUUAUCCAAUAUAAAAGAAUUCUGCGAAGGGCGCGGAUCCCAACUUCCCAAAAUGGUGGCCAUCCAGUUGUUUAACGAAAUCCGGAGCAUAUUCCGCAAUACGCCCACAUUCGCUCUCGUUUUGGAGACACUCCUACUCAUAGCCGUCAUAUGGCUGCUGCUCCACAGGCGCGGUGGAGGUCGCCGUCGGCGUUUUACCAAGGAGGAAGAGGAUAGCAUCAUAGCCAACUAUGAGCCAGAGCCAUUGGUGGGGGACACCGAUCCCAAUCACCCACUUCUGCGCACCCGCAUCGUCCAGUCUAGGGUGGGGAAGCGAAUCAAGGUUGAUGGCCACGAGUGCCUCAAUCUGGCUUCCCACAACUACUUGGGUUUUCUAGAGGACCAGGAGAUUCUAGAUGAUGCUUGCAAAUCUCUUCGAAAAUACGGCGUGGGAUCGUGCGGGCCGCGAGGUUUUUAUGGCACCAUGGAUGUGCACCUCGAUCUCGAAGACCGCAUUGCCAAGUUCAUGGACCUGGAGGAAGCUAUUGUGUAUUCAUAUGGAUUCUCUACGGUGGCUAGUGCAAUCCCCGCCUAUGCCAAGCGUGGGGACAUUAUUUUUGUGGAUGAGGCAGUAAACUUUGCCAUUCAGAAGGGCUUGGAUGCCUCGCGAAGCACCAUUGUGUACUUUAAACAUAAUGAUGUUGAGGAUCUGGAGCGAUUGCUGCUUGAGCAGGAGAAGCGGAACCAAAAGAACCCCAAGAAGGCGCUGAAGACGCGCCGUUUCCUGGUUGCCGAGGGCAUAUACAUGAAUACAGGCGAAAUCUGUCCACUACCCGACCUGGUUGCCCUGCGUCAGAAGUACAAGCUUCGCCUUUUCAUUGACGAGAGCAUAUCCUUUGGCACAUUGGGCAAGGGUGGCCGCGGAGUCACCGAGCACUUUAAUGUAGAUAGAGACGAGGUUGACUUGAUAUCUGCCGGCAUGGAGGGUUCCAUGGGCACUAUUGGCGGCUUUUGUGUUGGCUCGCACUUCAUAGCCGAGCACCAGCGUCUCUCUGGCUUGGGUUACAUAUUUUCGGCAUCGCUUCCGCCCAUGUUGACCCAAGCCGCCAUCUCGGCGCUGAACCGCUUUGAACAGGACCCGCAGAUCUUUGAGCAACUUCAAACGAAGUCCAAAACCCUGCACCAGAAGUUUUCCAACUUCACCAAGCUGCGGCUACGGGGUGAUGCGUUGUCGCCGGUUAAACACUUGUACCUGGCUGAGCCUGCUGAGAACUUUGACGCGGAGCUUAAGCUGCUCACUGAGCUGGCUGACAAGAGCAUCGCACAAGGAGUGGCUAUUGUACAGGCUGCUUACUUGCAGAAUAGGGAGCGUGUUCCAGUGCGUCCGAGUAUCCGGAUAGCCGUCAACCGGCUGCUGGACGAUGCGGACAUUUCCACGGCCUUCGAGGUCAUCGAAAAGGUCGCCAACAGUCUUCUGUAGUCUUCUAGCCUCUUGGGAAACAUGGAGUCGUGCCUUUGUGUGCGUAUUGUGUCUUGAUGCGGUGUUUAGUUUGAAAACACUAGUUACGUCCAAUCCAGUAUGAAAUGUUAUUGCACAACUAUGACUAACUUUGCACUUGGUUUUUAUUCGGAGCUGCAUUGCAUUUUAAUAAACUCUAUUCUAUAAGUAUAAAUUCCAAAGCUUGGUUAAAUAAAAUAACAUUACCUCACUUUUUUUAUUGAAA